AUGACUCCUCUGUUGGCGGUGAUGUGGUCCCUAUUUCACCCAUUUUCUGCUGUUUCCCCUGACCCAACCUGUUCCCUGCAGGGCAAAUUUGAUCCAGAUUUCCAGGCUGAUGGAGACUUCAUCAUUGGAGGGAUUUUCCCUAUGCAUUACAGGGUUGAGCCAGCAAUUAAGAAUUACACUGUCAAACCAGCUCCUGCAGAAUGUCAGGGAUUUGACCCCAGAUCGUUCCGCUGGACCCAGACCAUGAGACUGGCUGUUGAGGAGAUCAACCAGAGUCAGAGACUGUUGCCUAACUAUACUCUGGGAUACAAAAUGUAUGAUUCUUGUGCCACCCCAAUAACAGCACAGCAGGCAGCUCUGGCAGUUCUGAAUGGAGGAGGUGAAGCCCAAAGUCAAGUAUGUUCUGGGGCAUUUCCACUUUUAGCUGUGGUUGGAGAAUCUGGGUCUGCACAGUCUAUUGUUGUCUCCAGAACUCUGCAGCCAUUCAGAAUUCCAAUGAUAAGUUAUUUUUCAACAUGUUCCUGCUUGAGCAAAAGGAAAGAAUUUCCAACAUUUUUCAGAGUUGUCCCUAAUGACAAUUAUCAAGUGAAAGCUAUUGCUCACCUCCUGCAGAGAUUUGGCUGGACUUGGGUUGGUGUCGUCCUUGAGGACCAUCACUACGGCAGAUUUGCUCUACAGGGAUUGAUAAGGGAAAUAAAAAAAACAGGUGUGUGCUUAGCAUACCAUGAAAUGAUUCCAAAAGUGUACAACCGGCAGAGAGUACAGGAAAUCCUUAACAUUAUGAAACACUCCUCUGCAAGGGUUGUGGUGGUCUUUUCUGGUGAAGGGGAGCUGACCCCCUUCCUUAAAGAGUACAUGGAUCAGAACAUCACAGGGAUACAAUGGAUUGCCUGUACAGCCUGGGUAACAGCCUCAGUGUUCACAGGCAGUGAGUUCUAUCCAUUUCUAGGAGGUUCUAUUGGUUUUGCGGUCAGGCAGGGGCAGAUUCUAGGUCUUAGAGACUAUCUGGUGAGUGUAAACCCAUUGAGAUAUCCCAGUAACCACCUGGUUCACAAGCUGUGGGGUGCUUUGUACGGUUGCACUCUCUACCCCUCCAGCAGCAGGGCCCAGCUGCCCCCCUGUUCAGGGCUGGAGCCUCUGAAGGAGCAGCACUCUGCCUACCUGAACACCUCCAGCCCACGUGUUGCCUACAAUGUGUACAAAGCUGUGUACGCCAUAGCUCACUCUCUGCACAACCUCAUCAGCUGUAAGCCUGGGAGAGGCCCCUUCCACAACUCCUCAUGUGCUGAUGCCACAAACAUUCGACCAUGGCAACUUCAGCACUAUCUUCAGGAGGUCAGCUUCACUAUUUCAGGAGAGGAGGUACAUUUUGAUGCACAAGGGGAUGCAAUCCCAUCAUAUGAUGUGAUCAACUGGCAAAAAGGUGCAGCUGGAAACAUUGAGUUUAUCAAUGUGGGAAGGUUUGAUGGUGCAAAGGAGGCUGGGAAGGAGCUACUCAUCCAGGAAGAGGCAAUUGUGUGGACAGGCCACCAGAGAGAGGUGUUGGUGUCUGUGUGCAGUGAGAGCUGUGCUCCAGGAAGCAGGAAGGCUGUCCGUCGUGGGGAGCCUCUGUGUUGCUUUGACUGUGUACCAUGUGACAACGGCAAGAUUAGUAAUAAGACAGAUUCAAUAGAUUGUACAUCUUGUCCUGAAGAUUACUGGUCCAAUGGAGCCAGGACUGAAUGCUUACCUAAAGUGAUUGAAUACAUCUCCCAUGAUGCAAUGGGACUGACCCUGACUGUGAUUGCUGUAGUAGGAGCCUGCCUGACUGUCGCUGUUCUGGGAGUUUUCCUCUACCACAGGAACACUCCGAUUGUCAAAGUCAACAACUCAGAGCUGAGCUUCUUUAUCCUGCUCUCUCUGACUCUGUGCUUCCUGUGUGCACUGGUGUUCAUCGGAGAGCCUACAUCAUGGUCCUGCAUGCUGCGCCAUACUGCCUUCAGCAUUACUUUCUCACUCUGCAUCUCCUGUAUCCUAGGUAAGACUUUAGUGGUGCUGGCUGCCUUUACAGCCACCAGGCCUGGAAACAACAUCAUGAAAUGGCUGGGGCCCAAACAGCAGAGAUUUAUCAUAUCUGUCUGUACCUUUAUACAAUUGAUAAUCUGUGCAGUGUGGCUGAUCACUGCGCCUCCUUUCCCAAACAAAAACACCCAGUAUCAGAGGUCCAGAAUAAUCCUGGAGUGCAGUGUGGGUUCUGCACAGGCCUUCUGGUGUGUUCUGGGAUACAUUGGGUUCCUUGCUGCUCUGUGUUUCAUUUUGGCCUUUCUCGCCAGGAAGCUGCCGGGUAAUUUUAAUGAGGCUAAAUACAUCACCUUCAGCAUGCUGAUCUUCUGUGCAGUGUGGCUCGCCUUUAUACCAGCUUAUGUCAGCUCACCUGGAAAGUUCACUGUAGCUGUGGAGAUAUUUGCAAUACUUGCUUCAAGUUUUGGGCUACUGCUGUGCUUAUUUGCUCCAAAAUGUUACAUCAUAUUAAUGAAACCUGAGAAAAAUACCAAACAGUGUCUCAUGGGAAGAGUUGUUACUGAAUAA